CCAAAGGUGUGUCUCAAAUUUAGGGUUUUGUUCAACCUUUAGGAGGGAAGUGAGCAUGUUUUGACUGGACUUGGUCAGAAAAGCCAAAUAUCACACUCAUUUAAAGAGUGGAAGAAGAUGAAGGCCUUCUUUAGCUUUGGUGGUGUUAAAGGAAAGCCUUCCAAGUCUUUCAAGGUCGACUUUUAAUAUCUAGCUAGCUAUAUAUCAAGAAACCCUAGCUAAAAGAGGCAAAAGAUGGCAACCACUGGUAGAAGAGGAGUCAGGCAAUAUAAUAGAUCAGAUGCGCCACGCAUACGCUGGACCGAGGACCUUCAUCGUUGCUUCGUCGAAGCCAUCAAUUGCCUCGGAGGACAAAACAAAGCAACUCCUAAACGUAUUCUUCAAUUGAUGGGUGUGAAGGGACUCAGCAUAUCUCAUGUCAAAAGCCAUCUUCAGAUGUACAGAAGCAUGAGCAGUCAUCAAUCAAACAUCAAUAUUUUCUUAUCUGCUGAAGACUUGAACAAGCUCAAGACUAUGCAGCCAUGCAAUUCCAACACUUACAACACAAAAUCUCAUUCUGAAGAUCCUAACAUUGUCUCCGCAUCCAAUCUUGAAUACUCACUGUCACAGAUAUCAACAAUUGAGCAAGUUUUGAGAGAUUAUUGGACAACAUCAAACAAGAAGAGCAAAAGAGAAACUCAGAUAAGUAAGAGAGAGGAUGAACAAUGUGAAUUGACAUUAUCAUCAUUAUAUCAAAAACAUGCUGAAUUUGAAGGAGCCAGUGAUGGAGGAUCAAGCACAGAAUCAGAAACAAAUAAAGAGAUUCAUAUGUCAAGAAAAAAAAGCAGUAAUUCUAUUUACUGCAGGAAUGAUCUUGAGAUGGAACAUGUAAAUUUAGAGCUCACCAUCUCAACACCUGACUCUACUUGAUUUUGUUUCUAUAACAAAUUGUGCCUCAGAUGACGAAGAGAUCGAAGUUCUAAUUAAUGUUGUGAGCGCAUGUAAGGACUGAAAUUUUUUAAGUUUUUGCAGUGGUACAUAUUAGAGUAACUAAUAAUCUCC